CAAUCAAAUAAGGAAAAACGAAGAGAAUAAUAAAUGAACCCCAGUUCAUCCUGACCUAGUUUGAACUUCUCGUUAAGCCUGCACUUAUCGUCAGCCGGUUCUUUAGUUUCGAAGUCUCAGCCGUCACACAGGAAGGAUUUUGGAGUUACGCAGAGCGGAAGUUGAGGCGGUUAUUGGUAUCUCGGCAGCAAGCAGGCAACGGACGCUGGAAAGGCAAAGUGAAGCGUUAGAGAAGUCUCCUUUUCCCGUCACCCGAAGCACUCCCUCCUUUCCCUAAAUUUCCCUUUGCUUUUCCUCAUGGCUUCAAACUCCAACAUUGACAUCGAGGACGCCACCCAGCACCUCCGAGACAUUCUGAAGCUCGACCGUGCCGGGAGUAGCGAUCCUACGGGUGAAGGUCAGAAGAAAUCCUCAUCUUUCAAUGGAGAACUGAAUGGCCUUUUGGGAGCUGAUGUUUUAAAUGUUGGUGAGAGAGAGGUUUUGGAGCCAGAACUCCUCCAAAAUUCGGAGAACAUGAACACCCAAGAGAAACAAAUAAUUUGCCUUACUGGAGAUGACAGUUCAACCAGCAUCUCAAUAUUGGGUAAAGAUGUGGAAAUAGUGGCCAGCCCUGACUCUUCUAUCAGUAACAAAGCAAGCAAGGGAAGUAACAAGGUGAAAAUCAAUCCUGUGGCAAAAUAUGAAUGGGAGCACAAAUAUUAUUAUGGAAAUCUUAUUGCAGUUUCCAAUUCCUACCUUGCGUAUCCUAUCAGAGGGGCAAAUGGCUUUGCUGUUGUCCGGGUCCUGAAUGUGAGCAUUUCAGAACGCACCCUUCUUAAAGGAUUUACAGGUGGUGUCACAGACCUGGCCUUUGCACACCUUAGUUCAAAUCAUCUUGCUUGCUUGGAUGAGGCUGGUAACCUGUUUGUAUGGCAGCUAACAGAAGAAAAUGGCAAAAUACUAGAUGACAUUAUUGUCCACAUCAAGAGGCCAGAAGGGACACCAUUAAAUAGUAACAGAAGAGUCAUCUGGUGCCCAUUUAUUCCAGAGGAAAAUGAAGACAAUAUUGAAGAUGGAUGUCAGACUCUUGCAUUGCUGCAUGAAGAUAGGGCUGAAGUUUGGGACCUUGACAUAUUAAGAUGCAACAAUAGUUCCUGGCCUGUUGAAGUGACUGAACUUAAAGAAGGCUUCAUUAUAGUUAAAGGACACACAGCACGUAUUAGUGAGGGUGCUUUGUCUCCUGAUGGCACAGUCCUUGCUACAGCAAGUCAUGACGGAUAUGUAAAAUUUUGGCAAAUAUACAUUGAAGGACAUGAUCUACCAAGAUGUCUUCAUGAAUGGAAACCACAUAAUGGCAGACCAUUAUCUUGUUUGAUAUUCUGUGACAAUCACAAGAAACAAGACCCUGAAAUUCCAUUUUGGAGGUUUCUAGUCACUGGUGCUGAUCAGAACCAGGAACUGAAGAUGUGGUGUACAGUGUCUUGGACCUGCUUACAGACAAUUAAUUUUUCGCCAGAGCCAUUCAGCUCUGUUCUUCCAAGCCUUAAAGUCAGUUUAGAUCUGUCUGCUGAAUACUUAAUUUUGAGCGAUGUACAAAGGAAGGUUUUGUAUGUCAUGGAACUUUUGCAAGACCAGGAGAAGGGCAGAGCAAGCUUUGUGUCCAUCUCUGAGUUUUUACUUACUCAUCCAGUCCUAAGCUUUGGGAUCCAGGAUGUAAGCCGCAGUCGCCAGCGGCACACAGAGGUCCUGUCAGCAGAGGAGGAGAGUGAGAGCGGAACUUGUGAAGGAACCCAAGGUUCCACUGAAUCCAAAUCAGGCAUUCAAAUAAAGUUAUUUUGUGUGCACACAAAAUCUCUUCAAGAUGUACAAAUCUGGUUUAAACCACCUUUGUCCUCCCAGACAUCUUUGUUUGUUGUUGGCCCUGUUUCAAAUGAAGACUAUGGCUUUCCUGAUCAUCUCUCAGAUGUAAAUUUAGAAGGGUUAGGUUCAGAUAAAGAAUCAAGCCGGGGGUCCCAGCAUGACUUACGUCGGAUAUCGGAUCUUCCCACACCUGCUGACUUUUUGUCACCUUCAAAUGAAGCUAAACCCAAAUUGAUGACUCCUGAUGCCUUCAUGACUCCAAGUGCUUCAUUGCAACAGGUUGCUGUUUCACCUGGUAGCAGUGUUAGUACCCUAACUGCUGUCACAGCUAUGAGCAGUAGUUCUGUUGGGGACAGUGGAGUGUCAAGACCUGGUGAUGAACUAACUCUUAGUCCAAAGAUGUCGCUUGAUAGCAGUGUUACAUUAAGCAGCAGCAGCAGUUCAUGUUUGCAGGCCAGCCCACGGAACAGUUCUGUUCUUAUAACGGGACAUUCGGAGACACUACCAACAAAAAAUAUCCAGGUUCCAUCUUCAGCUAAUCCACCACUCUUACUAGAUUUGCAGUCCAUUGAACCACUCCUAGGUCCUCAAGCCUCUCCAACCCGUGAACGAUCUCCUGAUGUUAUUUCUUCUGCUUCCACGGCUAUGUCACAGGACAUUCCUGAAAUAGCUUCAGAAACACUUCUGCGGGGAAAUUCAUCUGGGGAAGUUCUUGAACCAGGCCUUCAUUCAGAUAGCAUGGCAUCCGCAGCCUCUGCUCUGCAUCUUUUGCCCCCUAGGAACCGACACAAUUCAGAGCAUAGCCAUCAUUCUUUGGAAAUGGCACCAGUAGAGACAGAGAGACUUACCACUACUCCUUCACUUUUGGAGGCAGUACUUUCUCAAGAGAAUGUUACUGCUGCAGAAAACAGCAGCAGUCAACCAUGGCCUGCAGCACCUGACAUAACCAGAGAAACUAGGAAUAGCAUUGCAGAAAGCUCCAGAGAGGAUGUGAAAGAGAAACACAAAACUUCCCCAUUCCAUCGUCAUCCGUAUCACCUUCACCAACAUGAUAGCCAGGAUGCAAGUGCAGAGCAGAGUGAUCAUGAUGAUGAAGUAGCCAGUCUUGCCUGUUCAUCUGGGAAUUAUGGAUCUAAAUCCACUCACAGGCUGCCUGUAAAGGAAUGGAAGGUCUCACCACGAGGUUCUCCAAAAUUAAAGAAGAAGAGCAAAAAGGAUGAUGGGGAUGCAUUACUUAUAAGGUCCUCAGAUUAUGUGCACCAGGUGAACCCAGAAGUUCAAGAAGAGCUAUUGUCACUAGUACGGACACAGCAGAGAGAGAUUGCAGAGCUGAAACAGAGCCAACUUGACCUGAUGCAGAGACUCACUAACCACAUGGACUCUAUCCAAGGCUCUAUCCUGGGGCACGUAGAGCAUAUGAUGGUAACUCAACAAGAACAAGAGCAAAGACGAAUAGAACGGAUAUUAGCUGAUGGACAUGAACGAAACCGGCAGAUGCAAGAACAUCUGUCCCAGCAUCUUUCUCAGACCCUAUCAAACACCUUGUCAAAUCGUCUGGAUAAGGCUGUCCGGGAGGAACUCAAGAAGACUGUAUCUCAAUCUGUAUCAAAAUGUCUUGAGCCUGUCACAGGCCAAUUAAGUAACACAAUUGCUGCAAAACUCACUGCAGUAGAAGGGACAUUAAAGGAGAAUGUGGCAAAACUUGUGAAAGCAAAGAACACUACAGAUGCCAUUGGAAGGUCUGUUGCUGAUACUCUUCAGGGAACCAUCCAAACAUCUUAUAAGGAAGCUUUCCAGAGUGUAGUGUUACCAGUAUUUGAAAAGGGAUGUCAGUCCAUGUUUCAACAAAUCAAUGAGAGUUUCAAGCAAGGAACUGCAGAAUACAUUCAACAGCUUGAAACUCAUUUAAAAAACAAGAAAUUGAGGGAAAAUGAAGCCCGUGAUCCUCUGUAUGGACAGCUUCAGCAGAUGAUCGAUACUUUACAGAGCACAACUGAUCAGUUAGCCUCCAGUGUGACAGCUACUGUUCGUUCAGAAGUACAGCAUCAACUGCAUAUGGUCAUUGGAAACCUUCAGGAUUCCAUUUUGACUCAAGUACAGCGGAUAGUAAAGGGAGAGGUCAGUCUGGCCAUGAAGGAACAACAAGCAGCGGUCACUUCCAGCAUCAUGCAAGCAAUGCGCUCAGCUGCUGGGACACCAAUCCCUUCUUCUCACCUUGACUACCAAACCCAGCAAGCCAGUAUUCUGCAGCUUCUGCAGCAAGGGCAGCUUAACCAGGCUUUCCAGCAGGCCUUGUCAGCAUCAGACCUGAACCUCGUUCUCUAUGUUUGUGAAACUGUCAACUCACAACAGGUUUUUGGCCAGACUCCUUGUCCACUUAUACAGCCUGUUUUGCUGUCGCUUAUCCAACAGCUUUCAACUAAUUUAGCAACAAGAACUGAACUCAAAAUCAGUUAUCUAGAAGAUGCAGUAAUGAACCUUGACCACAGUGAUCCUGUCACUCGAGACCAUAUGAGUACUGUUCUGAGUCAGGUUCGACAGAAGUUGUUCCAGUUUUUGCAGUCUGACCCACACAACCCUCUUGGCAAAAAGGCACGGCGCUUAAUGAUAAUGCUUCAGGGUUUGGUCAAUCAUGGCAUGAGUUAAACAUUUGGUAGUGGCAUGUGUAAAUAUUUUAUGAUUAAAUUGCUUACUUUGCUGCAAAAAAACUCAAUACCAUGGGGAGAGUAAAUGUAGAAUAUAGGUACAAUAUAAAAGUGCACAUUACACGGAAGAUGUUGUUUGAUUAAAAUACAAUACUCUUUUAAAUACUCAAAAAAUGGGACAAAAAAAUCAGCUGCUAGUGCUUUUUGAGAUGAGUGGUGGGAUAGUAAUUACACAAAUGAAAAUUUUCACAUGUAAUAUAGGCAGAAUAUUAAUUUUAACUUAUUUUUACAGAAGAUUUGAGGGUUGCUUUGCUUUUCCAAUGAGCAGGAUUGUCAGGUCUGAGUUUGUAAUACAGCUAGUCACAUUGCAAGAAACAUACACUUUACUGUAACUCCACAUCUCACAAAUUUGUCAAAUUUCCAUUUGUGCUAAAGGUCAAGUUAGGGACAUUUAUAUUAAGUAAUCAAAUGUUUUUUUUUUUUUUAUUUGGUUUAGCAUUACAGAACUAAUUUUUCCCUUGGUAUAUGGAACAAUAUGAACCUUUUGUGUCUUGUUCCAUAUGUUUUCAGGGGAGGCUCUCUGUUCUGUUAUUGUCUGCCAUGUAAUGUAAAUAGUUGUUUUAUUAUACACAAUGGGAAAAUGCUUUUUGCUAUAAAGUAUGAAUAGAAAGUUAAAUGAGCGAUGCGUAUAAUUUAUAACAUUGUUUUGGAAGAAACCCUUGCCAUUUAAGUAUAUACACCACCUUUACUAAAUAUUUAUUUUAUGUUUAGUAAACCCCUGCUAAGGAAAAUCUUUCUUUUCAUUUUUCAUAGAAUAUAUGCAUUUAAUACCAUGUUCAAUAUGUUGCUAAUACAUAUCUUAGGAAGCAAGUGCCAAGACCUUCAUGAUGUAUUUGAAUGUUGCAUCCUUUUUUUUUUUUCUUUAAGCAUGACAAAAUAUUUUUUUUCCCUGAUUUCUGGCCAACAGAAAAAAAAAUGUAAUUCAUGAUAGAAAGACAAAUAUGCAAAUUAUAUUUACUUCCCAUUGUGUUCACAGGGUGUUUUUUCCUGCUGUAACAGCGGGGGCAACUCUUCAUGGAUUAUUCAGCUUUUAUAGAUAGUUAACAUCUAAGUAUGAAUAUUGUAUUGUUAAUAUAUUUGCCUUUCUAAAAUUAACUCUGAGCUCUUCAUUCUACAUGUAAUAUGAUUGUUUUUCUAAAGUUAAAAAAACAGUAUUUACAUGUAUUUUGUUACAGUUAUGAAAAAAAAUUGAUUUAACUGGGUGUUGGCUCAUUCUACAUCAUUUAAGGAGAGGCUAAAAUCUCUGAAAAAUCCAAAACAUCUGAAUCACUGUGACCUUAAAUCUUUCAUUUUCUUUGGAAUUUACCCAUGAAGUUGUUUGCCAAAGCUCUGCUGUCAGUCAAGACACGUUUAUUUGAAACUGAAAUCAUAGUUUGUUUAUUUCACUUGCUCACAUGUACAUAUGCGCGCAAACACACACACACACACACACACACACAAUAAUGUAUUAAUAGUGUUAAAAUGUAGGCUUUUAAAUGUACAAAUUUUAAUUGUUUAUUUCCUUAAUCCAGGUAGCUUAGAUAGAAAAAAAGUGUACGUUUUGACAGUCUUGUAAAUUGUUCAAUAUCAAAAGAUAGCAGAGGUUUUAUGCUUCCUGGGUUAAAGAUUUUUCAUUUGUUAUUCUUUUAGCCGUAGUUUUAUUGGAAUAUUUAGGUUACAAUGAUUUUAUUUCUAUUUGCUUUGCUUUUUACACAUUAAUGUAUCCCAAACUUUAUCCGUCAACCUUCCCACUAGAGAAUGAGCCUCAGUAACUUGAAGUGCCUUAGCAGUUUAUUUUGGAAAUCAGUUUUGAUUUAAAUGCCUUUACUUUGAAGUGAAGUAUAUGUGGAUUUAAAUCCUCAUGUAACUUAUGUUACUUUUGGCAGAACACAAGUGUAGCUGAUUGAGUUUUAUACUUUAUAUAUAUUAUAGGCUGCUGCCGCUUCGCCAGUAGUUUUGAGUUGAGUCUCCCAAAUCUGCCACUCCAAAAACACAAGGAUAGAUGAGUCAGUUAGUGGAUUUCGGAAAAUGCUGAAUUGUAGAAUAAAAUGUACGUAUUUUGUAUUCUGUUGUAUAAACAUUAAAAUUAUGAUCAUAAGCAGAUAUGUUUUAUUUAGUAGAAGCUGCUAACCCAAAGUUUAAACUGUUACGUAAGAGAAAUCUGCUCUAAAAAAAAAUGAAGUAUUAAACUUGCAUUUGGUCAGGUGCAUUUAAUUGCUGUAAUUUUGUUUUGUCAUGCAUGAUGACCAUAACCGAAUUGAUUCUUUUUCUUUCUUCAUUGUAAUGUAAUGAGACAUGCCUCUGGAUUAAUAGCAGAUAUCUUUGUUGAAAAAAGAAAAAAAAAAUUUUCAUGUUAAGCCUUAGUUAAAUUCUCCCCUUAUAUUAGGGUUAAGAUUUUGAGAAGAAGGCUGUAAAUGUUUUAUUAUUGUUAAAGCUAAGAACUGUCAAGAAUCCAGUCUUGUUUCUUGAUGUAUUUUUUUAAGAUUUGUAAUAUUUACAUUUUUUUUUUCACUAAAGGUGGCUCUUCAUUUAAAUAUUCGUCCUAAAAUCCUAGCAUGCUAUUGCAUGCUGUUACAUUUAAUUCAAAAAGGAUUCAUUUCUAGGACAUGCGUUUUCAGCUUAAGAUGUUAUCUUUGUAUUUAAUUUAAAUAAUUUUUGGAUGUGUCUAAAGGGAAAUUGCAUGUCCAGAUAUUUUUUCAUGUUCAUAAUCAUUUUCUGUGUGGUAUAUAAAACUAAUAUGUUCUUUCAAUUGUAUUAGAAAAAUAGAAAUUGAUCUGUGUGCUUUUUCAUCAAUAUUGUUGUUUUAUCUGUUUUUUUUUUACAUUAGGUCUGACAUUAUUUUUGGGAAUAAAAUUAAAAAAAAAUUCAAUAAAAUCUUUUUGAGAAAACAUUUUGAAUGUAA